UUUUGGUUUUUAUUUAUUUAGAUUUUUCGGUAAUAAGUUGUACUGGAAUUUUCCCACAAUUCAACGUUUUUGGCUUGAUGAGUCGAGAACCGUCGAAGAAAGAAAUCAUCAUUACUUCUAUACAGACUUGAUGAAAUGGGAUGGCAUAUCGCCGACACAGAAAUCAUAACAGAAACCAAACUUCAUACGAUACUGACAGUGACACAGAUUAUUACUCAGAAACAGAAGAGACAAAGAAAACUUGUAUCAAACGUACCAGCUCUGUAGGAGCCCCUAGAUCCAAACCGUGCCUUGUAAACAGAAGUAGAACACAUAGUUUAGAUACCAGUAGCUGUGAUGACGCUGACACAAUGUCAAAACCAAUAGAAUCAUCGUCAGUUCUGCCAGCUAUAAACAUGCGUAGGAUGCAAUCAGAUGGCCAUACCAGAAAUCUUGGACCAGACUCAACUUAUUUUCCUUUCAAUGGGGACCAACAAGGAGCCUGUGGUAUCAGUAAAGGAACCAAUAGUCCACGGCCCUCAGAGAGAAUCACUCUCGUUGUGGAUGAAACACGAUUUGUUGUGGAUGUUGAUUUAUUCAGAGGCCAUCCAAAUACAAUGUUAGGAAGGAUGUUUACAUCAUCAUUAGAGAACAAUUUUACUCGUCCCAAUGAAAGAGGAGAGUAUGAAGUAGCUGAAGGAUUAUCUUCUACUGUCUUCAGAUCUAUAUUAGAUUUUUACAAGACAGGAAGUGUGAGAUGUCCACCUAGUGUCAGUGUACAUGAACUUAGAGAAGCAUGUGACUACCUUCUCAUACCAUUUGAUGCUGAAACAAUCAAAUGUCAAAAUCUUAGAGGGUUGUUACAUGAAUUAUCCAAUGAAGGGGCCAGACAACAGUUUGAAUUGUUCCUAGAUGAUCUAAUUAUGCCUCAGAUGGUCAUAGCAGCACAGCAAGGAGAUAGAGAGUGCCAUAUUGUUAUGUUAACAGAUGAAGAUGUUGUAGACUGGGAUGAUGAGUAUCCACCACAAACAGGGGAGGAGGAAGCACAUAUUAUACAUAGUAACCACAUGUCCAGAUUUUUUAAGUAUAUUGAAAACCGGGAUGUAGCAAAGCAAGUGUUAAAAGAAAGAGGACUGAAGAAAAUUCGUCUUGGCAUUGAAGGUUACCCAACAUACAAAGAGAAAGUAAGAAAGAGGCCAGGAGGAAGACCUGAAGUGAUAUAUAACUAUGUACAAAGGCCUUUUUUACGCAUGUCUUGGGAGAAGGAAGAAGCCAGAAGUCGACAUGUUGAUUUCCAAUGUGUCAAGAGUAAAUCCAUAACCAAUCUGGCCUCUGCUGCUGCCGAUACAGCCCAGGAUCAGGGAAUGGUCCAGCAACAACAAGAUGGUACUCUCAAUGUGAUACCCCCUCAGCCUUCACCGUCAGAGCCUUAUCCAGGAAUGCAGUUACCCCCAGAAGGGGAUGUGGAUUGACGCUGUAUUGUGCCUCCGAAUCGAAUUGUAAUCAGUAUAUAUUCAUUCAUCAAAAGAUUUAAAAACAUUUUCAGAUGUAGUAAUCAGAUGUUGAAUAGCUGAGUGAGUGUUAAAUUCUGAGACAGCACAGACUACUUUUAGUCAUUCAAAUCAAUUGUGAUGAGCUGUUCUGGUUUAUCUAGUGUUAAAUUCUGAGAGAUCAGAGACUUGUUUUGACCAUUCAAAUGACUUGUGAUGAGCUGUUCUGCUUUAUCUUGGUUAUAAGUCAUAUAAGAAGUACUCAGCAGUGUGAAGAGACAGAUUUUGUAUCUUAAGUAUUUAUUUGAAUAUUCUGUUGACACUUAAGUAUAUUUUUUUUACUAUAGUAUUGGUUCAAAAUAACACCUUUAAAAGUUCAUUAUAGUGCCAAUUUUAGUUCUUUCCAUGAGCAUUCAAAUACAAUAUUUUUCUAAAAUUUAAAUAUUCUGAAAAAAUAAAAUGAAAAACAUUUUGUAAAUUUUGUUAUUUGUAAUUUUAUAUAUUUAAAAUUGACAGCAUUUUUUUGUUCCUUGUUCUUUGGUAAUGCUUGCAUUUGAGAAACUUUUCUAUGAGAAAACAUAUUCAUGAAAAGAAUUUAACUAUUGAAGUUAGUUCUUUUAGAGUUAGUUGAUAUAAAAUGUCUUAGGGUUGAUACAAGUCGUAUCAACAUGUUUUAAAUGUGUACAUACUUAGAUGUCAUUCAAGAUUUUUUUUUUUUUUUUGAUACAGUUAUGAGUUAUAUACAUUUUACAGAAAUUUAUUUGUUUUAAGUUUAUACCAAAACAUUUUUAAUAAAUGACCACAGCUAAACAAUAAAUUUCAUAAAGGGAAAUAACUCUGAGGCCAAUCAGAACAUCUUUUACAAAGCAUUCAUCUUUUCAAUUUCUUGUAUAAGUGUUUCUUGCACUGGAAAAGAAGACUAAAAGUAUUUAACUAUACGUAUACAUGAUAAGAUUUUUGUAAAAAAAAAUGAGUUAUUGAUGUAUAUUUGCACAUGAGAAUUGGACCAACUGAUCUGGCCUAGAAGGCGUAAAACUUUGCUCAGUGCUCGGAGGACAAAAAUCAUGCUCGAAACAUGAAAUCCAGCUAUUUGAUUGGUUGAAUUUCGAGUCUGAGUACAAAAAUCAUGCUCGAAAGUUUUAUGACCGUGAGGCCAGGCCUUGCAAUCAUAUAAGUUUCAAGUAAUAUUAUCUUUGAUCAGAAUUCAACCAAUCAAAAUACUGGAUCUGGUGUUUAUAGCAGCUCUGUACUUCCAAUUACUGAGUUAAGUUUUAUGAUCAAAAGGUCAGUCCUUAUCACCAUGAUAUGUCUUAAUGAUAUUCAAAAUGUUUCAUUAAUCUUUCACCCUGAAAUUGCAAACAAUUUUUUUGUUAUAGUUCCAUUUUCACACUGCCAAAUUAGCAUUUUAAAAAUCAGCAUAAUUUUAUGAACAUGUCAAAAUUUAGACCAAAAUUUGUUUUAAGAUACAACUAUAUUCUUUGUUUCGGAUGCCAUAGCUUGAUACUGAUCUGACAGCGAAAUUUGAUUAUACUUUGAUAUUUAGAUACUUCAGUUGUUCAUAAGUGUGUCUGUUUUUAGAGUAUGAAAUACGUUUCAGUAUUGAAUGAAUUUGAAAUGAACAAACAAAAGAAGGUUGUUGACGAUAUAUUUAUUUAUUUAAAUACAUAUAAUCAAAAUAUAAAUACAAUCAUAUGUAAUGUAAAAUGCUUCAGAUAGAGAGCAUUCAUGUGUACACAGCCAUCAUUUUUCAUUGAUAACUUAUUUUGAUUGUAUAGCUAUGCCAAGUGUUUUAAAUUUAAGCACUUAAUUUUUUUAGUGCCUUUUAUUGUUACUUCACAGUUCAGUUUGGAUUAUACCAAGCACUUCAGAAAAACAUUAUUUUUUUGAGUGAAUAAAAAUUUGCUCUUACUUGAAUCAGCUUGACUCAGGAGAACAAAAUUCUUCAAAGAAUUAAAACUGAUUUAAGGUGGUACCUAACACUACAGGGAGAUAACUCUGAAAAUCUGCUAAACGUUUUAUUUAUGUUGUGUUGUAAGGGAAUAUUAAGCUUCUCAAUGAUCAAAAUCAAUGUUUGUCAAUCUGCUAUUUAACCAUUGUAAUUUUUCUGAUAAAAUGGUUGGUUGAAAUUUUUUGAAAUUUUUAUAUUUUUGUCAAAAGGUCAAAGUAAAUACUUUGUUGAAAUGUUAUGAAAAUUAAACAAGCCAAAUUAAUUUUAGCCUGUACCAAAUCCACAUUUCUUAGAACAGAUAAAGUUCAAAAUUUACCAAAAGCUAUUUAAAUAGAUUGUUUCUUGAAAGAAUCUUUGAAUUACAUUAGAUCUGUUCAUCCUGAGCAUGCAUGAAAUAUUUGCCACUGGGCAUUAAGCAACCAACAAUCAAUCAAUCAUUAGAUCUGUUGACAGAAUUUGAAUUGAACACUUUAUUAGAUGGAGAUAUUUUUCAGUAGCUAUGCAUAAUACACUUGUGGUGUUAUAUACAGUUUUUAGACCAACCUUGUUUUUUGUGCAUUUCAGAUCAAUGUACAAACACUAAUAGUUAAUGUUGAUUGUUUUGAAUUAUAUCUGGUAAAGCAAAAGAAAAAUGUCCACCCUUUUGUUCAAAGGGGAGGCAACUAGAAUUAAGUAUUUUACUAUUCUUGACUACUGUUUUUUUACUUAUAUAACUUGAAUGAUUGUUAUUGAGCUAGGUGAAAAUGUCAUAAUGAUUAAUUACCAAUUUUUAUGUACAAUAUGAUGUUUUUUUUAUUGUUUUGAUGUAUAGUAUGCCUGGAUAGCAUAUUUGAUGACUAGCAAGAGUUAAUCUUUUGUGAUUUUAUUCUAUUGAAAUAUUUUGUUCAAAUAAAAAUUAUAUGCUUAAUAA